CGCAGUCGCUGAUAAAGUAAUAUACGCGUUGGUCCGAAUAUAUUUUGUUGCAAUUACCAAUUGUAUUCUGUGAAUAAUGUAUGUAAGAAAAGUGUUUUCGAUUUUGCGCUAUGUGUCAACACGUGAAUUACAUUUCACAAAUCUGAAAUUGUUACCCCGUCAUGCCAAAACUAUUGAUGCUGCACAAAUUCAUCCUUUAGCAAGAGUAACAGAACUACCUAUCCCCAUACUGUGCACCCUACAAUUUCGAGGUUAUGCAAAGGGAAAAGAUAAGAAAAAGGAGAAAGGAAAAAAGGCUGGGAAGGUGGAGGUUAAUGAAGCCCAACUCCGGGAAGUAAUAAAUUUUGACGCUGUGAACAGUAAUAUGCAGAAGGCGGUGCAGCAAAUGAAGGAAGAUUAUAUAAAGCAUUUGUCUUUACGUUCAACUUCAGGUGCCAUAGAAACUUUGCGUGUACACAUCGAUGGUGCAGAGCACGAGUUACAAGAGCUUGCACAAAUUUCGCGUAAAAAUCCUAAAACCAUUGUGGUUAACAUGAUUGCUUUUCCUCAAACUAUACCUGACGUCCUAAAGGCGAUUGAAAACAGCGGCAUGAAUCUUAAUCCCCAACAAGACGGUACUACUCUCUUUAUUCCUAUACCGAAAGUUACAAAGGAACAUCGAGAAAAUCUAUCAAAAAAUGCAAAAACUCUUUUCAUCAAGUAUCGCGACAGUAUUCGGGAUAUUCAAAAUAAUACAAUAAAAAAAUUAAAGAGGCAAUCUGAUAUAUCUAAAGAUGAUAUGUUCGCAAUUCAAACACAAGUAACUGCUAUUGCCGAUAAGUACAUAUCAGAAGCGGAUAAGUUACUGGCAACGAAACAGAGAGAGCUACUUGGCGAAUAAUAAAAAUAUCGGAAAUUAACUUAAGACUGAAUAAUAUACUUGCGAAAUUUGAAUAAAAUGUUGUUAAAGAACAUACAUAUAGUA